ACAGGCGUACUCCUGCAUUUUAAACCACAGCACCUGUUCAUGUGUUCACAGUCCACAUAGGCUACACACUUCUUACGCUACUGCUUUGAACUCAGUUGAACACCUACAGUGCUGUGCCUUUUCUGCCAAGGUCAGUGAGUCCAGAUGCAUGAGUCUGGGUCAGAACAGACAGCCUGCACCAGUCCAGCCAAUCAGACGGAGAAUGGGGACAGUGCUGAGAAGGAUGAUUAUCUGAGUGCUAAGCCACUAACUCCAGAGGGUUCUGGGGCUGACAGUCAGCAGCAAAACCAGGUUACAGUUUCAGUGUCUAUGAUGACCCCUCCAGUGGAGACUCCUCAGCAGACACAGCAGCAGGUCCUCAACCCACAGCAGAUCCAGGCCCUGCUCCAGCAGCAGAAAGCACUCAUGUUACACCAGCAACACAUACAGGAUCUCUGCCAGAAACAGCAGGACCAGUUCAACGCCCAGCUCCUACAGCAGAAGCAUGCUGGGAAGUCAGGCCAAGAGCAGCUAGCUGCUCAGCACAUGGCCAUCCAGCAGCAGCUCCUGCAGGUCCAACAGCAGCACCUCCUUAGCCUCCAGAGACAGGGUCUCCUGUCUGUCCUGCCCUCCAUGAGCCCCUCUGCAGCUCAGGGUUUAAUGAAAGGGUGUGAGAAUGGCACCAGCCUGCUCUCUGGUGGUGAGAAUCCAGCUACUCUUCAGAAGAACCUGCUCCACAGUCAGCAUUCCACCACCAAUGGGAAUCAUCCAUCACAGAUCCUAAAGAAGAAAGACAGUGGGCCUGUGGAUAAUCACACACAAAACACUCACCCUCUCUAUGGACACGGCAUGUGCAAAUGGUCUGGCUGUGAGGCUGUCUUUGGAGACUUUCAAGUUUUUCUCAAGCAUCUGAACAGUGAACAUACACUGGAUGACAAGAGUACAGCACAGUGUCGAGUGCAGAUGCAGGUUGUUCAGCAGCUAGAACUGCAGUUGAAAAAAGACAAAGAGCGUCUGCAAGCCAUGAUGUCUCACCUCAAAUCCUCUGAUCAAAAGUCCAAACCAGCAACCCCAACGGGGAAUCUUGUGCCCAAUGUCUCCUUCUCCCAGGUGACAUUUCCCAAGGUGCUUCCUUCCAUGAGCUUGUCUCAAAAUGCCACUGCUCCUUCUACACCCCUGACACCACCCCCAACCUCCUCCUCUAUCCUCCCUCCCCACACCCUGCUCACUGUGAGCCCUGGAAGGAGAUGGUACUCAGACAGCAAGACCAUGAAAUACAGCAAGACCAUGAAUCAAGAUAUUGUUCAGAAUAAAGAAGCUAGACCGCCAUUUACAUAUGCAGCCCUAAUAAGACAGGCAAUAUUUGAAUCCCCCUAUAAGCAGCUGACACUAAAUGAAAUCUACAAUUGGUUCACGCGAACAUUUGCCUAUUUUAGACGCAACGCCGCAACAUGGAAGAAUGCAGUGAGACACAACCUCAGCCUCCACAAGUGUUUUGUGCGAGUGGAGAAUGUAAAAGGAGCUGUGUGGACAGUUGAUGAGAUGGAGUUCCAGAGGAGAAGGCCCCAGAAGCCUGCUGGUGAAGGGUCUCUCAAGAGGGAGAACACUGACCAUGGUCACUGCUCAGCUUUCCUUACUCCUAAGCAGGAGGAGAUGAAUGCAGCUCUCUGGUAUGGGAAUGGAUCCUACAGUGACAGCAGUGAAGAGCAGUACCCAAUUCACCCUCUCGUGAAAGAAGAGCUAAUGGAUGAGGAGGCAUAUGAGAAUGUGCCCCAUGACUGUUCAGAGACUGAGAGCUCUGAUGAGCACAGCUCAGAUGUGGACCAAGACGGCGGUAGCCCAGACAGACCCAACCUGUAGCUGGCCCAUGUGCCUUCGCAGUGAAAGGGACUGUUUUCAAACCUGUCACUCUCCACUGCAAGACUCCCACAUUGGACAACUAUGAAAUAUACCAAAUUAAUAUAGAACUGCUUCAUAUCAAGUGGAAAAACACACAUUUUCUGUUGAGGAAAUAAAUUACUAUUUUAUUUAUUGAGGAUAUUUUGUCCUCGCUGUUGUAUUGGGUUUUAUCCACCUAGAGCUCACGUUGAAGACAAGAGCUGAUGGCGGAACCUUUGUAACACCCCUUGUCCUCAAAUAAUGCAUCCCUAUCGGCUUAUUGUGAGGCUGUACAACCAAUGACAAAGCCCUAUGGGGAGCUGGCUCAGUGAUGCAGAGAUAUUUUUACAUUUUCUUUCAAGAAUGUGUAUAUCAAUAACCAGAGCAUUGGCAAUAUUUAUGGACAGCACUUCAUGAAGAUGAAUCUUUGUUUUCUCCCCCUAAUUCAUUUUUAUAUGAGAGUACCAGACAACCACCAGAUUGUAACAAGUUGUUUUGUUUGACAUGAUAUCCUUGAGAAUUGGUUACUUUUAAAAGGGAGCUGUACACUGCCAAAAAUAUGAUUUAUGUGUAACCGAUCUGUUGGGAUAUUAUUAUUUAUGUAGCCUAAUAAUCAUAUUUUUCCCCCCACUAUCCCAAACAUGGCUUUUUGGACUUAUUUAGUGUUGUAUCAUACAUUGCCAUAGUUGUGCACUAAAUGCUGUCUCUAAUACAUUCCGUAUAAAAAGUGUGUGG